AUGCUUUCAUCGCCAGACGGAGAAACAGGACUAGCCGAGGCAGGAUCAGCACCCAAUCCUUUUGCGGGUGCUGAUGAUCACGAGAAGCAUGCGCCGGCCUCUGCGGACGGGAUAUACGGGGUUGGCGAGAGGAAACAAAAUAACCAGCACCAGCACCAGAAACUAGUGCAACCGCAGCAGCCUGGCCGGCGCCCGAGCGCAGGCGAAAGCAACGGUAGUGGCAGGAGCUACUGGAGGCGGUUCAAGGUGAUCGGGUGUAUGGUGGGAGGAGCGUUGAUCAUUGACCUCUACUUGGCAUUUUUGGGCAGCAGGUCGGAAGAGGUGCCUUCGACCCGGGGAGAAUCUUUUCUGGCCAGCAGCUCGGCAGUGCCUUCGUCCGACCAGCACAGCAAGGACAGAAGCCAGAUACUCCAGUUCCCAUCCCGCACAGCUGCCUUGGAUGACGAAAACAUGGGUAUCCGCAGGCGGUCCAUCCCGGAUCUUGUCGCCGCCAACGGAAACACGCCGUAUUUCGACGAAAACGGCGUUCCAGAGACGGGUACAGAGCGUGCACUCCCCUCAGCGGGCAUCAAACAACAAACGGGGCAGGCAACAGUCAAGGUUGCUGGAAAACUUUUUGUCGAACUGCUCGACAAUCGUACUUCUGCGAUUGCCGGCCCUAGCGAAUAUUGGACCACUGGGAUAAACCCAUGGGGUGCGCAAGCACCGCCACAACCUACCGAACCAGACCAAUUCAAUGGGCAGAAGGUGGCAGUUGUGGUACCGUACGUCGGGAAAGACCUGCCCGUGUGGUGGGAUGUUUUCGCGGAGCAGGCUAGGCUCAACGACGGGCUCGUUGACUGGAUUAUAUUCUGCGACCAGAAACUGGUGAGAAAGCGAAGCCCCCCGAACAUCAAGUUCUUCCCCAUGACCACGAGACGAAUGGCGUGGCUACUAGCCGGGGUAGUUGAGCCAGGCGACCCCUCACCCGCUCACGGUGGUGACCGCGGGGAUGUUUUGGAUGGUGGCGAUUGCGACGGCGAUAAUUUUGAUGGCGAUGUUGAUGGUGCCCAAAAAUCCCACGCCGAGAUAGAGGUGCAGGAAAACGACGGGAACGAGGGGGAAGAUGCCGAUGUAGAAACGGCGGCCACAAGUCGUGUCUGGGAAGAAUCUAUCACGGAAGUGUUCGCCAUGAACGCCGUCAAACGAAAGAGGGCUGCCUCGUUCUUGCAUCAGCUGUUGAUAACGUCACCGUACUUCAUCGUGGAGUUCAAGCCUGCGUUCGGCUGGCUCUUCCGAGAAUACCUGACGGAAUACUCCCACUGGGCGUUCGGGGACCUCGAUGUGCUUUUCGGCGACAUGCGUAGGGGUUGGCUGGAGCCCACGGAGCUACAAGACUUCGACAUUAUUACGUUCAGUUUCGGCGACCAGUACAGGGCUUACCUGAGGGGCCAGCUGACCAUCCACAAGAACAAGGCCGACGUAAACCGCGUCUGGAGGAGGUGCUCGCACCUCACCAACUACUCGGAACGGCUAGAGGCGUUUCGGGUGAACCACGGGCUGCCCUUGGAAAGCGCGGAGGGGUGCUACAGCCUCGCCGCGGCCUCGGACCCGUCUCUCAGGAUCAAGUUUACCGUCAAGGCGUUGUCGGAUGUAGAUCAAGAAGACGAAGAGGCCGUUGCGCAAAAGAGAGGGCGAGAGGUCAUUAUUGAUGGGCAUGGCCUUGUCACGCUCUGCCCAGACCUUGAAUAUUACUACAACGAGCCGCCUGGGGCAGGGGCGGGGACCAACUACGGGGCGUCUAACGCGGACGGCGGCGGCAACGGCGAAAGAAAAGAGGGCUUAUCACCUAGCAUGCAGGAUGCGGUGGGCCCGAUGACCUCUGUUGAGAAAGCCAAGGGAAGAUGCGAGCACUGGAUAAAGCCUGAGCACCAGACGUGUGUCAAGGACGUGGGUGGGAGCCAAACGCUGUAUCUCAUUGGCGGGAAGUACUACAAGCAGGAAUUCAUUAAUACUGCGGCAUCCACUGGGGGGAGAGAAUGUCGCGCGGGCGCCUUCUACCAUUUUCAGGAGCACAAGCUCUCGUACAGGAGCUGGAACUCUUGCCCCCCCGUCUACCCGGCCCAUUUCGGCAUUUCGGCGGGACCGGGGGGCAUCGUCCCGCUCCCAGCAGGAGGCUGGCGAGAGCGGGUAGUAUCCGGUCCAGGAGUUAAGCCCCCCCCGGAACACACGGGGAGAGUGAACCACUAUUGCCUGGGGUGGACAGAGCGACGGCAGUCUCGUACGCUUGAGAGUGGGCGCCCGGAGCAGGCGUGCGCCGUCAUGGUUUCAAGCGAAGAGGUUAUCGUCGUCUUGGAUACGAGGAAUGCCGCAGGGGAGCAGGAGCGCCAGGGCCAAACAGACGCCUUCAAUGCGAAUUCGGUGACCCUGGGGUUGGUGGGCGGUCCUGCAGAUCUGGAGGCGUUAAUGCUCGAAGCAGCGCAGUGGGACGGCCCUAAGAUCAUCGCAAUGGUCCUUGGCGGCGAAGACCUGGCCGCGACCCGAGAAAUGGAUGCCCUGAAGGGUGCCAAGUACAUCAGGGGGGGGGUCUUGAUCGCCGCCCUAGUGCGGCCGCCGCCCAGCCCAGACGUUCCCAGGAUGAUCGCCACCUUCCCCAGAAAAGCCCUCAUGAACCUCGUGACGGACCUCUGCGAGACCAGAUACCUUCUUACUCUUCCCGCGUCUGCACGCCUUAGCCCUCGCGCCUCCCAAGCAGUAUCCGCCCAGCUCCGCAGCAACCGCCGGCCACCCUACCCCGUCCGGCAAAGCCCAGACAGCCGUCCUCCACCGGAGACAAACAACGCUGGAACUGGCGGCCCUCGAGCCCCUCGUCGGACACCCGACACCCUUGGCCCAAUCACGCUGGUGGUGCCGUUCAAAACGGCAGGAGAAGCUCCGCAAUUUCCGAAAGAGCGCGAGGCCGGGACCUCGGCUCCUUACCCCGGGGAUUCUCCCCCCGCCGGCAGUGGCGGCAUCAGCAAUACCAGCAACAAAGAUGCUUUGCCCGGGAUGGGCUCGGUCUCAUCGAACGUCGUGAAUGAUAUUGCUGCUCAGGAUGCUGCGCGGGCGACUAGUCUUGCUUCGGGGCACGUUGGUGUUGCCCUUGGCUCUGCGCCAUCAGCAGGAGGAACGAUCGGGUCUGGGGAGAACUCGGCGGUGGGCAUAGGCCAAGCAGCGGUGAAAGAUUCUGCGGCGGCUAGUGCCGGCGGUUGGGGAAACGGUUUCGGUAUAACUUCGUUCAGCGACACCGGCAGCAAUGAAGCAAGCAGCAGAACGAGGACCUACUCUACAGCCCUUGGUGGUGACGCAGUCGGCAGUAGACUGCGGGACCAGGGGGGUGGGGUGUUGCCCGUCGAAGUAGAAGGCGGAACGACACGUUCGGUUGGCGCUGGCGCUGGUGUUGGAAGACAAAGAGCGGCGACACCGCUCAAGAUAUCCUUCCUGGCCCCGGCCGGAAGGGCACCAGGAAGCAACGGAUCUGUCACAGGUAGAGAAACGAGGACGUUGAGCAGGCACAACGUCCGUCGCCAGGGUCCCGCCGUAGACUCCCCCCGGCCCGCCAGUGUCACGCAGUGGCGAACGGAGCAGCAGCGGCGUGGACCGCUAGAAUCCCAUGCCGCCAUCCCGUCCAAGAGCGGCGACCGGGCGGGGCUCGGCCGGGGUGGGUGGGAAGGAGGCCCAGAUGUCCCCGUUACCACCACCGCCUCCGCGUCCCUAUCUCUCCCUGGGUUUGAUGACGACGGGGAGGCGCAACUGAUCAGGGACGUCAGGCGGAGGCUGGGCUCUAGUCCCGGAGACGGGGCUGGAGGUCAAGCUAGCGGAAGCGUGAGCGAUUCCGCGGUAGCGGUGGGGGGAGGGGGGGUCGAAAUGGAGCAAGACGAGGCCGAUUGGGUCUGGGAGCUGCUGUUCUCUGGCCCGGGUACGCCGGGGCUAGUGGUGGAUUUGUGGUCUCCUGGGCCUAUCUUUCUUCGACACGUGGAGGAAUUCGGAGAUACCGGCUGCAUGGAGGCUGCCUACGCCCUCGGCCUGUGGAGAGCUGGCAGCAGCUUUCAGGUGGUGCAAGGAGCAAGGCUAACAACCACGACCGCCGUUCCGCCCCCGCCCCAGAGCCACGACUACAGUAGAGACAGGCGGGCGUUCACAUCAGACCAGGAAGAGCGUUUGUUCCGUGUCCCAGGGGGUGCAUGUCUAAGGAGCGACGCCGUGGCGAGCACGGCUUCCAUUUACUCCGCGUUCCUUCGACAGGUGGAGAACGUGUACCGACGCCCUUGGUCAAGAAGAACCGGGCGCACCUACCAGGAUCGCGGGGAUCGAACUACCAAUGGUCGGCAGGCGCCAGGCGAUAACGAUAAGAUAUGA